CUGUGGGGUCAGAGGUCAGAGGUCACUGAGGGAUCUGACAGGCAGCUGUAACGCUGCUGCUGCUUCACGUCAUCUGAUCGGUUCAUACCUGACACAGAGAAACAUCACGGAGUUUAUUCUUAAGUCUGAUCUCAGAGACAUCUGCACCUGAGGAUCUGUGACGUUUGUUCAGGUCCCUGGAUGCCCCGCUGCGAACCGUCCUCGGCCGCACGGUGCUUCCUAAUGGCCGGGAGUUGACCCCGCCCACCAGGAUGACGCUGCGUGAGCAGCUGAGAGAGAAGAUCUCGGCGGCCUUCUACCGCCACGGGCUGCUGUGCGCCUCCUACCCAGUGCCCAUCAUCCUCUUCACCUCGGCCAGCAUCCUCACCUGCUGCUAUCCUUUACUGAGGCUCCCCCUGCCAGGGACGGGUCCUGUGGAGUUCACCACGGGGGUGCGAGACUACAGCAUCCCUUCCCAUGAGCCUCAGGGAGACCUUGGAGAACGUCCUGACUGGUAUCGGGGUCCUCCAGUCGCCUACAUCCAGCAAGUGUUGGUGAAGGCGGCGGUGUCUCCGUGGGACAGCAGCCUGGUGCCGGUGGACGUCUUUCGGUCGCCGCUGAGUCGAGCCUUCAGCCUGUUGGAGGAAAUCCGCAACCACGUCCACUCUGACAGCUCUGGGAUUCGCAGUCUGGAGACACUGUGUCUCCAGGUGACAGACCUGUUUCCAGGGUUACGGAGGAUGCAGUCGGUGCUGCCGGAGCAUGGCUGUCUUCUGGUGUCUCCUGGGAACUACUGGCAGAAUCAGAGGGGCCUGUUUGACUCGGACCCAGACCUCCUGAAGACCAUCCAGAAACAUGAGCCCAAAGGUCUGCACACCUCGGCCACGCUUAGAGUGGUGAUGAUGGUGAUGAUGAUGAUGGUGAUGAUGGUGAUGGUGAUGGUGAUGAUGGUGGUGAUGGUGAUGAUGAUGAUGAUGGUGAUGAUGAUGAUGGUGGUGGUGAUGAUGAUGGUGAUGAUGAUGAAGAUGUGUCUCCUCCCCCUCAGCUUCCUGAGCAGCCUGCGGUCUCGUCUGAAGCAGCUCUACCCAUCAUCUAACUGCAGCCUGAGAGACGAUCACAUGGUUCAUGUCCACUUCAAAGAGGAGAUCGGCAUCGCUGAGCUCAUCCCUCUAGUCACCACCUACAUCAUCCUGUUUGCCUACAUCUAUUUCUCCACACGGAAGAUCGACAUGGUGAAGUCAAAGUGGGGUCUGGCUCUGGCCGCUGUGGUCACCGUCCUCAGCUCUCUGCUCAUGUCUGUGGGACUCUGCACGCUGUUUGGACUCACGCCGACGCUCAACGGAGGGGAGAUCUUUCCGUACCUGGUGGUGGUCAUUGGUCUGGAGAACGUCCUGGUCCUCACCAAGUCUGUGGUGUCCACGCCCGUUGACCUGGAGGUCAAACUACGCAUCGCUCAGGGUCUCAGUAAUGAGAGCUGGUCCAUCAUGAAGAACAUGGCCACCGAACUCUGCAUCAUCCUCAUCGGAUACUUCACCCUGGUCCCUGCUAUCCAGGAGUUCUGCCUGUUCGCCGUGGUCGGUCUGGUCUCUGACUUCUUCCUGCAAAUGUUCUUCUUCACCACAGUUCUGUCGAUUGACAUCAGACGGAUGGAGCUGGCUGAUUUGAACCGCCGCCUGCCAGCUGAAGCAGGACUUCCACCGCCCAAGCCCGGUCCGCUGCGUCCACGUGAGGUGCCCCCUCCCCCGCGGCCCUCCCCCCACACCAUUACCCUGCAGACCCCCACCUUCAGGAACCUGAGGCUCCCCAAGAGGCUGCGUGUCGUCUACUUCCUGGCACGCACACGCCUCGCUCAGCGCAUCAUCAUGGUUGGCACGGUGAUCUGGAUCGGCAUCCUGGUCUACACCGACCCUGCAGGAAUACGCACCUACCUGGCAGCGCAGGUGUCUGAGCAAAGCCCUCUGGGAGAUCCUGGGGGAGGUGGCCUGGCUCCUCACCUGGGCGUGGCCCCCGUCUUCCGUGGAGGCGAUCCUACCAGCACCCUCAGCAUCCACCCUGCACCGGAUCCGACCCCCUUACCUGAGAACCAAUCACAGGGCCACCACAGCGCUGCCAGGGCAGGGCCCCUCCCCCAGGCCCCACCCCCCGCUGUGCCUCAAAUUACCUGGGGAGCCGAGGAUGAGGAGGGCUGGAGGAGGCUGUCCUUCAGACACUGGCCGUCACUCUUCAGUUACUACAACAUCACAUUAGCCAAAAGGUACAUCAGCAUCCUGCCCGUCAUUCCCGUCACCGUUCACCUGAGUCCUCAGGAGGCCAUCGAGACGCGUCACCCUCAGGACACCAGACACCCGCCGCCAUCCAUCCCCAAAGUCUCUGCAGACCUCCAGACGGACCUCACGCUCUACAAGGUGGCGGCGCUGGGCCUGGCGGCAGGCGUCCUGCUGGUUCUGCUCCUCUUCUGUCUCUACCGGGUCCUCUGCCCACGAAACUAUGGCCAGAAUGGCGUCACUCAUGGGCGCCGGCGCAGAGGGGACCUGCCCUGUGAUGACUACGGCUACUCGCCACCCGUCAGCGAGAUCUCGCCGCUGCUGCUGAGGGGCCACAGUAUGGUGAGACACAACACGUACACUGUCUCUGAUGUCUUUCUGAUGUGUCUCUGAUGUCUCUGUCGUGUCCCUGGUGUCUCUCAGUAACCCUCGGUGUGAUGUUUUGUCCUCAGGCUCAGACGCAGCAGCAGCAGUGGCUGCUGGGAGCAGCGUGACGGCUGGGACAGUGUGGGCGGAGCCACAGACUCUGAGUGUUUAGAAGCUCACAGCUCGUCUGUCACAGCUGACGUCCUCUCGGAGGAGGAGGGCUACCCUCUGAGACGUCGCUCCGCCCCCGCCCGUCCCACCCUGUUCACCGACCAGCCAGAUCUCACACCACUCAUUGAUACCAACUUUGCCUCCCAGCCCCCCUCCCACCUCUGCACCCCACCCAGAGAAGGCUUUGACUUUGGAGGUCUGGUGGAGCGUGCCUACAUGGAGCACGAGCCCCCGUCACCCUCCACCUACCCGUCUCCUUCCUCAGCCUCGUCCUCGCCGGCAUCAGGAGCUCUGCUCCAGAGGAGACCCAGCUCAGGGGACAACGCCGCCUUCUUAAACCCCGACAGAGGCUGCACCGCGGGGACGCAGGUCACGGCUGACUGGGAGAGCUCCGUGUGGGCCAUGGAGCUGAGAGGGAACCUGAUCGCUGCUGGGCGGAGCAGCGGCAAACUGGAGCUGUGGGACGCAGUCGAAGGUUCGUUACGCUGCGUUAAUGACGACGGCGUCUCUGGGAUCACAGCUCUUGCCUUCCUCAACAACAGGAUCGUGGCGGCUCGGCUGAACGGCUCUCUGGAUUUCUUCACAGUGGAGAUAAACAAACCCCUGGGUCUGGUUCAGUACAGAGGCACCCUCGGGCGAGGCAGCAUGCCUCCGUCUCCCUGUUACAGCAGCGAGGACAUCAUCAGCUGCCAGCUCACGCGCUCCGUUCAGUGCGCCCACCAAAAGCCAAUCACAGUGCUGCGAGCCGCUGCCGGAAGGGUCGUCACCGGGAGCCAGGACCACACUGUCCGGGUGUACCGUCUGGAGGACUCGUGCUGUCUCUUCACGCUGCAGGGUCACUCUGGAGGAAUCACAGCCAUCUACAUCGACCAGACGAUGGUUCUGGCAAGCGGCGGUCAGGAUGGCGCAAUCUGUUUGUGGGACGUCUUGACGGGGAGUCGAGUCAGCCAUGUUUACGGUCACCGUGGUGACGUCACCUCACUGGUCUGCACCACCUCUUGUGUUAUCAGCUCAGGACUGGAUGACCUUAUCUGUAUCUGGGAUCGCAGCACAGGGAUCAAACUCUACUCUAUACAGCAGGAGGUGGGCUGUGGAGCCAGUCUGGGUGUGAUCUCCGAGUCUCUCCUGGUGACGGGGGGUCAGGGCUGCGUCUCCUUCUGGGAUCUGAACUUUGGUGACCUGCUGCAGACGGUCUACCUGGGCCAGAGCAGCGACGGUCAGGGCGUCCGGCAGCUGCUGGUUCUUGACAACGCCGCCAUCAUCUGUGACUUCGGCAGCGAGCUCAGCCUGGUGUACGUGCCGUCUGUGCUGGAGAAACUGGACUGAGGACAGACGGAUGACAGAAAAUCAUGCACUCAGAGCUUAACUUCCUGUUUCUUUGCUUUCUGUUGUUUAGAGACGCGAUCAUGUGACCAUGUGAUCAUGUGACCAUGUAAAGCUGUUUUUCUCUGACUGAUUGUACGACCUGCUGCAUUUGAUGGUCGCAGGGUGACGAACACUGGAUGAUGAAUUGUUGACGUUUCUCCACCCGUCAUCAGUUUAUGCUUUUUUUAACACGUGUGUUUGUUGUGUGGCUCCGCCCUCAAUGCUGCUUCAGUGGGUGGGGCUUCACUGUGACCCCGCCCACCCAGAGAGGAAGAUAAAGUUGUCUCUUUAUUUUUUAAUAUUCCUGCUGCCUCUUUGGCUCGACAGCGGAGCGCAGCCACGGCAAGCUCUGCAGGUCUGCGGCCUGUCAGACGAGCUGUGAAUGAAUGAAUGAGUGAAUCUGAACCUGCUGAGAACAAACUGUGUGAGUGAGUGACGGAAACGUGAAGAUCACUGUACAAAGUCAACCUGUUUUUAUAUGUAUAAAUCUUAUUUAUUAGUGAUACAUUUUGGAAUAACAGUUUGUUUAUGAAUGUCGGCUCUUAAAAAAAACAAUAUAACAAAAUAAUGAUAAAGAUGGCGAGUGUGCUUUUGUUUGUUUGUUUGUCAAAGGAUUCUCUGGAGCGUUACCGUGGAAACACAGCGCGUCUGAUCUUCACCUUCAUCAGACUGCCUCCAAUUUACAAAUACAACGUCACCAUGUUUACAAACACAAUGGCGCCAUGUUUACAAACACACCCGCCGCCAUGUUUACAAACACAGCACCGCCAUGUUUACAAACACACCAUCACCAAGUUCACAAACACAUCGUCACUAUGUUUACAACCACAGUGCCGCAAUGUUUACAAACACACCGUCGUCAUGUUUGGAAAAACAACGUCACCAUGUUCACAAACACACCGUCACCAUCUUUGCAAUCACACUUUCAGCAGCUGACAUCAGUUUUUUUUUUUUUUUUACCGGCUCUGCCUUUUUUUUUUUUUUUUAAAUAAUUGAAACUGCUUCAUCUUUAACAUUUCAUCUGACCACUAACACAACCUCCCUUUACCCAGCAUAUGUCACUUCCUGUACACACGACCUCACAGAACAUGUCACUUCAUGUACUUCUUAGAUGUCUGCCAGACUGCGGGCUCACUGACCUGAGACCUGUCGAAAGUGUAAAUAACAGUUGACCUGAGACCUGUUGAAGGAGUUAAUAACAGCUGACCUGA